AUCCCCAAAAACUAGGGUUUCUUCUUGCCCAAUUAUUUACUUCUUCUUGUACGAAUUUACACAACUGUCGCCUGUCGGGAGGGUUCCGAAUUACUUAAGUUCUUCUCUGGAUUUGUUCAAGUUCCGAUUUUUUUUUCGCAUUGAGCUAUCUGUCGAUUACAAGUUAUCAUCCUAGAAGACGAACACGAUUGUGAAAAAACUUCAUCGUGAAUUUCCUCUGAGAUGGAAUCGAACUCGGGAAGAGGAAACGAAGCGGAAGUCAAUCACAAUGAUGCUGGUCAGCAGCAGCAACCAAUGAUGUAUGCAGAGCCUUGGUGGAAGAGCAACUCUUUUGGUGUCGAGAGGCCUUCUCUAGUUCCAUCAAAGUCCUCCUCUUUGGAAGAGUGUCCGGACGGUUCAGAGUCAAACGAUGUUCACUCUGCUGCAUCUGAAGACGAUGGCGCUUGCAAGGAUUCACAAGCUACAACUUCCUCCCCUUCAGGUAACAUGCAUGGUCAGGGUCAGCAACUUGUACAACCACCAGAGCUUGUUGGACACUACAUUGCUUGUGUCCCAAAUCCAUAUUAUGGGGGAAUGGUGGGAGCAUACGGACAUCAGCAAUUGCAGGGUUUUCAUCCAUAUCCUGGAAUGCCUGGUGAGAGAACAGCACUACCGCUCGACGUGACACAAGAACCUGUCUAUGUGAAUGCGAAACAGUACAAGGGAAUUCUAAGGCGACGAAAAGCACGUGCCAAGGCCGAGCUAGAAAGGAAAGCAACCAACGGAAAGCCAUAUCUUCAUGAGUCGAGGCACAAUCAUGCAGUGAGAAGGGCAAGGGCUAGUGGAGGCCGGUUUGCGAAGAAAACAGAGGCUGAAGUAGCAGCUGAGAGAGAGAAAGAGAAAGGGGUUCUUCAGCAACCAACUCGUCAGGCGCUGAACAGAUUCUAACCAGAUCCUGAAUUCUUAAGAUGCACCAUAAUCAAACCAAAGCCUCAGAGAAAGAGGGACACGCUUUGGCUAAAACUGGCAAAUCAUUCUUGGCUUUUUUUUUUUUUGGUUUUGUGUUUGCUUAGCUGUUCUUGUCAGAGUUCCAUAGUGUGUGUGGUUUUGGAGUCACAAAUGUAUAUAGAGACAGGGGAAUAGUCAGUAGUAGGUCUUUGUUUAUAUUCUUUUUUGUAAUAUACGUUUUGCUUUUCUGAGCAGACAGUGUGUUGUGUUAUUAUUACAGAACUGAAACUUCUUGUCCA